AUGGCGACCUACUCCCCUCCUCCUGGUUACCUUCUACCUCCUUCCUCAACAAUAACAACCGGUCACUUCCUCCCAUCAAAGCCAACAAUUCUCCGCUUCCUGGGCUGGGAUGACGCGCGGCUCCACCCGUCAGACUGGAGUCUGGUCACCAACCCCUUCUGGACAUCCUUCCUCUUCUCCCUCAUCCUCUUCCCCUGUCUCUUCUACACCACCUGGUACUUUAACCCGUCGCUCUCCAGGAACCGAUUGGGCCUGUCGUGGGCGUUGGGGUUCUAUUCGGCCUUACUUUUCACGAUUGCGGGGUUCUAUGAGGUUCCGCAUUUGAGGACUGUUUUCAACGCAGCCGUCGAUUAUCAACCCUCCGUCUCUUCAGCACUAUCGCUCGGUCAUAACGGGGUUGCAACAACAGGAACGGGGGCAGGAACGGAUGUGGACCUGGGGUUGACGGCGGCUGCUGGAGCUGUUGCGGCAGCCAGGCAAAUCUGCUACCCAAUCCUCAAGGCUGGAGCCCUGGUGCUACUCCCAACCCUGCCAUCGUUCAUGAAGCUGGACCUCUCCUCCACAACAUUGGACAAGUAUUAUUGCUUUUCAGACCUUCCCGCAAUUGACGGUACAAGUACUCUUCAGGAUACGUCAGCAAGCGCAACAACAAAACAAAUGGGAACUGGGAAAUACGGUUUCAGGACUUUGUUGGGUUCGUUCUUUUUGGACGGGUCCAAUUUCUCCCGUCAGUUACAGCAGCAGUUGGUGCAAGUAUGGCAUGAGCAUGAGCACGGGUAUCACCACCCGCCUAUUCAUUAUGCGCUCUGUGAUCUGAUCCUGGGCGCGAUCCACUACCGUCGACAGCUAGAACCGUUCUCGACCGUGGUCCAUCAUAUCAUUUAUUUCUUUAUUGUUGUCCACAUGAGGGCAGGCGAUAUGCUAUCAGUCUUUUGUAUCUUGGGGACGCCUAUCGAAGGUUUGAUCGGCUGA